ACUUCAUGGUGUUAUGGUCAACUUGCCGCACAACCGUGUUCAAAUCUGUCACCAACAGGUUCAUUAAAAACCUGGCCUGCUCGGGGAUUUGUGCCAGCCUGGUCUGCGUGCCCUUUGACAUUGUCCUCAGCACCAGUCCGCACUGUUGCUGGUGGAUCUACACCAUGCUCUUCUGCAAGGUCGUCAAGUUUUUGCACAAAGUCUUCUGCUCUGUGACUAUCCUCAGCUUCCCUGCCAUUGCCUUGGACAGGUACUACUCAGUUCUCUAUCCGCUGGAGAGAAAAAUAUCUGAUGCCAAGUCUCGUGAACUGGUGAUGUACAUCUGGGCCCAUGCAGUGGUGGCCAGCAUUCCAGUGUUUGCAGUGACCAAUGUGGCCGACAUCUAUGCCAUGUCCACCUGCACCGAAGUUUGGAGCAACUCCUUGGGCCACCUGGUAUAUGUUCUGAUCUAUAACAUCACCACGGUCAUUGUGCCUGUGGCUGUGGUCUUCCUCUUCUUGAUACUGAUUCGGCGGGCACUGAGCGCUAGCCAGAAGAAGAAGGUCAUCAUAGCAGCGCUCCGGACCCCACAGAACACCAUCUCUAUCCCCUAUGCCUCCCAGCGGGAGGCCGAGCUGCACGCCACCCUGCUCUCAAUGGUGAUGGUCUUCAUCUUAUGUAGCGUGCCCUAUGCGACCCUGGUUGUCUACCAGACUGUGCUCAACAUCCCUGACACUUCUGUCUUUUUGCUGCUCACUGCCAUUUGGCUGCCUAAGGUCUCUCUACUAGCGAACCCUGUGCUCUUUCUUACUGUGAACAAAUCUGUCCGCAAGUGCUUGGUAGGGACCUUGGUACAGCUGCACCACCGGUACAGUCGCCGUAACGUGGUGAGUACAGGCAGUGGGCUGGCUGAUGCCAGCCUGGAGCCCAGCAUGCGCUCAGGAAGCCAGCUCCUGGAGAUGUUCCACAUCGGGCAACAGCAGAUCUUUAAGCCCACGGAGGACGAGGAAGAAAGUGAGGCCAAGUACACUGGCUCUGCUGACCUCCAGACCAAGGAGAUACUUAGCACCUGCCUGGAGGGAGAGCAGGGGCCACAGUUUGUACCCCCUAUGUCACCCCCGGGCACAGUGGACUCUAUAUCCCAGGUGGCACCAGCAGCCCCUGUGGAGCCUGAGACUUUCCCUGGCAAGUAUUCCCUGCAGUUUGGUUUUGGUCCUUUUGAGUUGCCUCCUCAGUGGCUCUCAGAGACCCGAAACAGCAAAAAGCGGCUGCUUCCCCCCUUGGGUAACACCCCAGAAGAGCUGAUCCAGACAAAGAUGCCCAAGGUAGGCAGGGUGGAGCGAAAGCUGAGCAGAAACAAUAAAGUGAGCAUUUUCCCAAAGGUGGAUUCCUAGCAAGGAUUCAAAAUCCUGGAAGCAGCAGAGAGUUCCCCCAUUCCGGC